CAAAACCCUAGCAGACUCCCUAGAUUCCUUCGGUCUCUUCCCUCGCGCCACCGCCGUCGUCCCCGCACCGCCGCCGCCGAGAUGGCACCGAAGAAGGACAAGGCUCCGCCGCCGUCGUCGAAGCCGGCCAAGUCCGGCGGUGGCAAGCAGAAGAAGAAGAAGUGGAGCAAGGGAAAGCAAAAGGAGAAGGUGAACAACGCGGUGAUGUUCGACCAGGCCACCUACGACAAGCUGCUCUCCGAGGUGCCCAAGUAUAAACAAAUCACCCCAUCCGUCCUCUCCGAGAGGCUUCGGGUCAACGGCUCCCUGGCUCGGAGGGCUAUCAAGGACCUGAUGGCUCGUGGCCUCAUCCGGAUGGUAUCAGUGCACUCAAGCCAGCAGAUCUACACCAGGGCAACCAACACAUAAGGACGGGGAGAGGUGUAAUGCCUGUGUUUGCCCCCUCUCUGUAGGAGCUCCUCUACUUUAGAACAGUUGUCAUCUUUUCCAAGAGUUUGCUAAUGCUAAUGUUACUUGUGAUGGUCAGCAUCUCGACAUGGCUGAAACAUUUAAGAGAUUUUGGGUAAUAGUUCGGUGCUAUGCUGGUUUUCCUAUUACAAGUUACUUUGUCCCAAUAGUUCAUUUUGGUUGAUGGAUUCGUGUUAUGAUACCCUGAAUUGCCGAA